AACUAAUAAUAUAAUAAGUUAUAUAAUUAAAUACCGCAACUAAAAAUAUAUAUAGUGCAUUUGCUGGUUAUAUAACAUUACCCUUACUAAUAAGUUGUGUGUUCUCUCAAGCACUUAAAAAAAUGUCGUCUCGACUUCUUGCUUCACUCACUGUAAUCAUUUUGUUGGCUGCUUUUGCCUCCGAAGCCACUCGUCUUCCCUUGUCUGAAGUGGAAGCUCUAAAGGAAAUAGGAAAGUCGUUGGGAAAGAAUGAUUGGAAUUUCAGUGUAGAUCCAUGUAGUGGAGAGUUGGGUUGGGCCAAACACCCUGAUCUUGACUCGUCUCAGAAUGCUGUCAAAUGUGGUAACUGCACCUCCGAUAACACCACAUGCCAUGUUGUCACCAUAGUUCUCAAAGCACUAAAUUUGAGUGGCGUUCUCCCCCGAGAAUUGGUCAAACUCCCUCAUCUCCUAGAAUUGAGUUUAACAUCGAAUUAUUUUUCUGGGGAGUUGCCGGGAACACUAGCAAAGUUGACCACUUUGAAGGAUUUUCGGAUCGGGGACAACCUCUUUACAGGAAGCAUACCCAAUUUCGUCCAAAACUGGAUACAUCUUCGAAAUUUAUAUAUCCAGGCUAGUGGUUUGGAUGGUCCAAUUCCUUUUGGCAUUGCUGUUUUGACAAAUAUGACUGAAUUAAGAAUUAGUGACUUGAAUGGAACUAAAGUAUCUACUUUUCCACCCCUUAGUAACAUGAGAUACCUGCGGACACUGAUGUUGACAAGUUGCAACAUUAUUGGAAGCUUACCAGAGUAUCUUGGGACAAUGA